AUGCCUGUCCAAAUUCCAUCCAAGAGAGCGCCUUCACACGAUGAUCUAGCUCGUCUUCUCCAAUCGUGCACGGAUCUUGAGCGCGCGAAGCGUAUCCACAGCCGGAUUCACGACUCGACCGCGCACGGGAGUGGCAUCAUUCUCGCAAAUCUCUGCGUUGCGAUGUACGCGCGAUGUGGCAGCAUUGCCGAUGCUAGAGCUACAUUCGAUUCUAUCAAGAACCCUAAUGUUUUCUCCUGGAACAUCAUCCUUGCAGCAUAUACCCGGGCAGGGCAUCUGGAUCAAGCCCAGCGUUUGUUCCAUGCCAUGCCCUUUUGGCAGCGUGACGUGGUAACAUGGACGACCAUGAUUGCUGCGUACGCUCAGAACCAACGGCUCGAUGAGGCCCAAGCUCUCUUUCUCUCCACUCCCGAGCACAAUGCUGUCUCCUGGAAUGCUAUGAUCCAAGCAUAUGCUGCUUGCGGAUAUCUUUCCAAAGCAAAAGCUUGCUUUAAUACCAUGCCGGCUACCGAUAUUGUUUCCUGGAAUAUACUUUUAUCUGCUUACGCCGAAAGCAUGUUACUCGAGGACGUAACUUUACUUUUUAACUCAAUGCCUCAAUGGGAUCUUGUGUCCUGGAAUACGUUCCUUGCAGCAAAUGCCCAUUCUGGGCAUCUGUAUUAUGCAAAGCGCAUAUUCGAUGAGAUGCCCGAGCAUGGCUCUUGCUCGCGCAGCGUCAUGAUCUACGCCUACGUUCACGCUGGAUCCGUAGAGGACGCCACGAAAAACGUACCUCUCGGGGAAGACGAUGUGGCAUCUGGCAACGCGAUUAUCAGUGGGUGGUCACAGGCGGGAGAUGUCCAACGAGCAAAGCUGGCGUUCGAUUCCAUGGGCCGCCGGGACCUAGUGACGUGGAAUGCCCUCCUCGCCACGUACGCACACAAUGGGAUGUUAGUAGCAGCGGCUGCUACGCUGGACAAGAUGCCCGAGAGUGACGCGGUGACGUGGAUCACCAUGAUCUCUGCCUACUCACACCACGGCCACGUAGAGGAAGCCGAGAGGGUGUUUGCAUCAGCGCCUGGCGGUAACAUGAUGACGUGGAAUGCCAUGCUGUCGGCGUAUGCCCACAACGGGCGUGCCGCGUCAGCGGAGUCCUUGUUCCGUACGAUGCCACGUCGGGACAGGGUGUCGUGCAAUACAAUGAUCGCUACGUUUUCACAGGCGGGAAAGCUGGGAAAAUCCGAGGAGGUGUUCUUUGAGCUCUUAUCGGAUGAGGAGAAAGGAAUAACUUCUUGGAACGCGAUGAUCGAGGCGUAUGCCCGAAAUGGUCAUCUUGGAGACGCUCGAAAGCUCUUGGAGCUCAUGCCCGAGUGGAACGCGGUAACCUGGACGACAAUGCUUGGGGUUUUUGCCGAUGCUGGCCUUGUAGAAGACGCAAAGUCCUUGUUUGAUCUAGCACCAGAGAAGGAUUGCGUGUGCUGCAAUGCUAUGAUCCAAGCGUUUGUAGUAACUGGGCUCUUGGAAGAAGCGGAAGCAAUGGUUUCGAGUCUUCCUUAUGCCACUAUAUAUGUUUGGUCAACGAUGGUGGGAGCUUAUGCAAACAGUGUAAAACUCCAGGAGGCCGAGGCUAUGUUCUUUGCUAUGCCAGAACGGAAUGUUACGUGCUGGAACGUUUUGAUAACAGCAUAUGCCACAAAUGGGCAAUUAGAAACAUCGAGAAAAGUCUUUGAUCGCAUGCCAGAGAGAGACGUAGUUUCAUGGUCGACGUUAGUCUCCUCAUUUGCUCACGGAGGCCAUCACUGCGAAGAUUCCAUGGGUAUCUUCCGGGACAUGGAAUUGGAGGGCGAUUGCGCUCCAGAUGCCAUAUUCUUCUUGAGCAUAUUGAAUGCUUUUAGGCAGCAGGGAUUAGUGGAUCAAGCAUCACAUUUUUUCACGUUGAUGAGUGUCGAGCAUGGGAUUUUGCCAUGGCAAGAACACUACAAUGCGAUGGUGGACACUUUGGGACGAGCAGGGAGAAUAGCAGCAGCAGAAGAGCUCAUAAACAACAUGCCAUUUGAGUCCCAAGUGGCUGUGUGGGGAUCGCUCCUCACAUCUUGCAAGCGUUUUAGUGACAGAUCCAAGAGGGCAUCUUUGGCUUCCAAGAAUAUACUUGAAAUGGAUCCCACAAAUUGUGCCCCGUACCUUUUAUAG